CUUCCCGAAACCGAGACGGUGUCUCUGGUUUCUUGGGUGAGAGCUGCACGAGAUGAGACGUACCGCAUUGCGUGGAUGCGCAUGUUUAGGGGCGGUCGAUCACACCGACCUCGAGGCCUUCUGGGGGGACCUGGCGGCUUACAGCUUACAGGCGUGAAUGCGAUGAAUGCGAUGUGCUACGUCGUGUGCAUCUCACGAUCGGUCUCGCGAUUGCGGCCAGACGGUGCGUCGCUUCCACGCCUUCCAACCCACUGCCACGAGGACAGCACCACAGACGGUUCCCACUGGCCACCCUCUACAAACGCCACCAGCAAACUGAGCGGCCGCCCGCACAUGUCCCUUCACGCCCUGGAGCCCACAAGCCGAACAGGCUGCACGGAUUUAGAGUGAUGCCCUACCAGCUAGCGCGGGACCGGCUGACGGGCAGCGGGUUGGUGGGCGGGUUGUCGGGCUGCUCGAAGACUCCGAAU